AUGGCAGUCGAUCUGAGGAAUUUGUUGCCCACCAAUGGGCAAUGGAGACAAGACGUGACUAAUUGGCUACAGGAAGACGUUCCAUCAUUCGAUUACGGAGGUUUUGUUGUUGGUUCCGACCCGAAGAGUGCGACCUUAUUGUGCAAGCAGGACGGUAUUCUUAGCGGCGUACCUUUCGCCCAGGAGGUGUUCAAUCAAUGUCAACUUGAUGUUGAAUGGUACUUCAAAGAAGGUGAGAAACUGUCUCCAUCAACUACAGAAGUUGGAAAAAUAGCGGUAGCCAAAGUUAGAGGGGAGGCCAAGAAUAUUCUGUUGGCAGAAAGAACAGCAUUAAACAUACUGAGCAGAAGCUCUGGUAUUGCGACAGCCUCUUAUAAAAUAAUCAUGUCCGCUCGCAAAGUUGGCUACAGAGGCAUAAUUGCCGGUACCCGGAAGACCACUCCAGGCUUACGUAGACUUGAAAAGUAUUCGAUGCUAGUUGGCGGUUGCGACUCCCACCGUUACGACUUGUCCUCAAUGGUCAUGCUGAAAGAUAAUCAUAUCUGGUCAACGGGGUCCAUCACAAAUGCUGUACAGAAUGCAAAAAGUGUUUGUGGAUUCUCAGUCAAAAUCGAAGUCGAAUGUCAAACGGAAGAAGAGGCUGACGAGGCCAUUGAGGCUGAUGCGGAUGUCAUAAUGCUUGACAACUUCAGUAACGAUUUGUUGAAGAUCUGUGCCAAGAGCUUGAAAGAAAAAUGGCAUGGCAAAAAACAUUUUCUCCUAGAGUGUAGUGGAGGCUUGAAACGGGAUAAUCUCGAAAAGUUUUUGUGUGACGAAAUAGAUAUAUACAGCACCAGCAGUAUUCACCAAGGUACAGAAGUGAUCGACUUUUCGCUCAAGAUUGACCAUUGA